GGAAAAACAAAACACAGUUCUGGACUUUUGAUCCUAGUUCAGAUACUUACUAAACAUUUCAGUCUUUUGUUUUAAUCUCUCCACAUAUGAUGUCAGUCAGCUAAACGUUUGUAUAAAAUAUAUAAAAUGAUGUCAGCUCUGGUUCACGUAUUGGUGCCCUUCAUCCUCUGUGUCGCUUUAGCGAACACGAGUCUUUUCAGCGAAGUUGAAGUGGACCUAACUUACGAACAUUACGCAGAGAAAGUUAUUGAUUACAUGCCUGCUUUCUUGGCGAUGCCUUUUAAUUGUCUGAUUAAUUUGGGUUAUGUCUACAUAGGACUGUACUGGUUGUUGUGGCAAAGAGCCGUCAAGGAAACCGAACAGAGUCGCUACAUGAGAGAAGUGUUCGCCCUCAUGGCCAUCAUUUACGCAGGUGUGCAGUGGACACGUCUGGCAACGCUGCGGCGAGCUCCCGCCGUGCUCGACCAGUGGUUCACCAUGCCGAUCUUUGCGUGGGUUCCUGUCUGGAUUGAUUUUAUAGAGCACCUGCCGGGAAAGUGGCGCGCAUCGCGCGCGGCAGCGUUCGAACUCUGCGCUUUCAUCAGCUACGGCCUGUCCCUGGUUCACGAAAAAGGCUUCGAGGUGGCGCUGGGCUGCCACAUAGUCUUAGCCCUAUACAAGGGCGUUCGUGUGCAUUUGACACACGGGGACAAUCAUACAAGAAGAUACUUUCUGUUGGCGAUGCUAUCAUGUGCGGGAUUCGUGGUGCUGAAGCUCAUGGACCACUGGCUUACUCGGUUUGGGUUUUUCCAACGACUCACCGGUCACUUCUGGUCAAAGGUCUGCGACGUGCUGCAGUUCCACUUCAGCUUCUGCUUCUUGAUUACAGUAACGGACAGGGCACAGGCGAAGACUGCAGCCCAGAAGAAGUGAGACGUGCUGUCUGUCUGAAGUUGAACCUGUAAAUCCAUAAUGCUUCUUGUCAUGAACAAAAUUGGGUCACAACUCAGCGAAUGUUUUAUAUUUUCAUAUGUGAACCGAAAGAAUUUAACUGGCAUCCUACAUUUUAUGUUUGCAAUCCCCAACUGACCUGUAAGAAAACAUCUUGUAAUUCUUAUGUUGUGAUUUUCAAUAUCACAAGAUAUUGAACUGUGCUGGUAAAAUAAAAUUAAAUAGUCCUCUCAGCAAGUCCUUUGACUUUGCUAUAAGGGG